GGGAGUGUCGCUUUUCCCUUCUCACGUGAAGGGGGGCUCCUCCGGCCAAGGGCGCUGAAACCCGCUGAGUGGAGAGAAGAGCGAGCGGGGCGAAGAGGCGUUGUUGGUGCCGCUGCCGCCGCCGUUGCUUCAGCCCCGUAGGGGGAAGGAAAGGGCGAGCGGAGGGUUGCAAGCCUCGGAAGCAAACGGGCGGCCCAGCCUGGGAAGCUCUCGGCACGGCGUGGGGGACCAACUUGGAGCCCAGCCCGCACGGCGACGGGCGCCAGGCGUCAUGUCCAUGGAGGACCCCUUCUUUGUGGUGAAAGGGGAAGUUCAGAAGGCAGUGAACACUGCUCAGGGACUGUUCCAGAGAUGGACGGAACUCCUACAAGAUCCAUCAACAGCUACAAGAGAAGAAAUCGACUGGACCACAAAUGAGCUAAGGAACAACUUAAGGAGUAUUGAAUGGGAUCUUGAAGAUCUGGAUGAAACAAUCAGCAUUGUUGAAGCAAAUCCUCGGAAAUUCAACCUUGAUGCCACAGAACUAGGUGUGAGAAAAGCCUUCAUCACAAGCACUCGGCAAGUGGUCAGGGAUAUGAAGGAUCAAAUGUCAAAUACUUCUGUUCAAGCACUGGCUGAAAAGAAAAACAGGCAGGUGCUUCUGGGAGAAAGUGGAACUCACAGCUGGAGCUCCAGGGCGGAUAAAUACAGCCGCUUGGAUCGAGAACUGCAGUCUGCAAAUUCACACUUCAUUGAAGAUCAGCAGGCACAGCAGCAGUUAAUCAUUGAUCAGCAAGAUGAACAGUUGGAGCUGGUCUCUGGCAGCAUUGGAGUACUAAAGAAUAUGUCCCAACGCAUUGGAGGGGAAUUGGAUGAACAAGCUGUCAUGUUGGACGACUUUUCUCAUGAAGUGGACAGCACCCAGUCCCGACUAGAUAAUGUUAUGAAGAAACUUGCAAAAGUAUCCCAUAUGACUAGUGAUCGAAGACAGUGGUGUGCAAUUAUCAUCCUCCUUGUUAUCCUUGUGGUGGUGCUUAUUCUGUUUUUUGUGCUGUGAUAAUUUGGGGCUCGGAUUCUUUUAUGGACUUCUUUUGUGCAGACAUCUUAGCACUGUUCCUGUCCACCAGAGAAAACUGUUAUGGAACAUACCUAGGAGAUUUUGAUCCUGUGUUCUGUGGAUGGCUAUCAGUGACAUAACUCUCUGUCCUCAUGGUUCUUCUUCUCAUGAUCCUCAUUAUCUUGCUCAAGGAAGAAAUGGACCAUUCGUAUGCACAAAUCCUGCUGACACUGGAAGUUGUUCCCCUGGGCUGAAACAUUGGAGUCUGCCAAUGCUCUACUAUGGGUCAGGUGGUUUAGACUGGAAGAAACCACUGUAUGAUCAUUUCCAUCGUGUCUCAGAUAUGAGCCACCAGAUGCCUUUGUUGGCCUAUCAUAACAGUACUCUUGCCAAUGUUAAAAACAAGCAUACAUAUAUAUGUGGAUUCACACACAAGCAGAUUUUGCAGAAAUUAUUCCAUCACCCACAAGAUUCCUUUCACAGGUCUUUUACACAGCCAGGCCUGCCUAAUGAUCAUGGAUCUUUAAGGGAGGAAAACAGCCAGUAAGAGCUGCCACUGAAUUCACAGUUUGAAUAUUUGUUUUCCUCCAGAACAGAAUUGUGCACUUGAAAAUGUCAAGGGUACGUAGUUCUGUACCCACUGUUGUAAAGCCUAACUAAUGUUCAAUAGAACAAUAGGACACUACAUAGAGAAAGCUGCAGGCCUGAAUCUAAACUAAAGUCAGUCUCAGUGCUCCUGAAAGUAGGGAGAAUGGCAGAUAGAGUCCUAGCAAGUCUGGGCAUUGGACUGGAAUUCAGUUUUGCUUCAGGGAAGCAGACUGGCCCUAGCAAGCUAAUACAGGCCAUAAGUAAAAUAGGUGCAUGUUUGUGUUGUACAUCAGCCAGCUAUAGUGGCUCUACUUUUCAGACUUGUAAUCUUAGGUUUACUGCAGUGUAGACAAAGCCAGUAGGCAUACUGUGGUUGCUAAAAUCUUGUGAUUUUAUGGCUUUGAUUAUCGGUUUUCUGAAAAGAGAAGCUUAUAUUUGAGUUCUGCUAAUUUAAGAGAUGCUUCUGCUGGAUAGAUGUCAAGAUACACAUGCAGCAAUGGGGGGAAAUGGCAAUCUGCCUCUUCCUUCUGUCUUGGACUCCCCAAGAGGCACAAGCACUCAAGGAAACAAAAUUGCACAACUCCUUUAAUGUUUUCAGAACUUAAAAAUGUGUAGCAAAAUGCACUCCAAAAGAUUAUGGAAGCAUUCCAGUCCUUUUAUUAUAAAAUAUGUUUGCCAUUAUUUUACUAUUUUGAUAGUUUGGUGGAAUUAACUGCAAACUAAUAAAUAGAUAGGCUCAUGAUUGCUCCUGGAUCUUAACAUCUGCACAUGUCCCCACUAAGGCCUGGUAACAGAGGAAGCUGCAUUUCCCUUGAUUCAAAAGGUGGUUUACUUGAAGUCUACAAGAUAAUCACUUUCUUUCUAAAAUGUACCUGGUAUGAAAUUUGGGAUGUUCUGUCUAGACAUCAUGGUGACAGAAAAGGGAAUAUUUUGGACGGUAAUGUGUAUUUGCUAACGUCGUACUUAUUCUGCUGGGAGUAGAGAUUUUGGAUUUCCACCAAAGUUUCUUUAAGCGUUCUUUGAUAUCUCAUUUGGACUCCUUUGCCAUUAAGUAGCCCAUUAAGGCCCAGCACAAUGAUUUGCUGUCAGAAGCUCAGUAUCAUUUGCACCCAGUUCCCUACCACCAAUGAGAUUCAGAUAUUGCAUUUCUAUUAUUACAUCUGUAAAAUCUUAAUCAUUUGAAGAUUUUUAUCAGAGCACAUAGAUCCUGCAGGCUCUUGUUUUUCUGUUCUGAUCUGUUGUUGUGUUAGGCUAAUUACGAUGUUUUGCUGAUUACAUUUCUAACAGAACUUCAGUAUUGCGAUUGCUAAACUGACUUUGGGUGGGGAUACGUGGAUUGAAAAUAUGUUUCUUCCAGCAUGUGAGUGGGAGAGGUGUCUGAUCUCCUAUGUAUUUCACAAUAUGAAAGCCUUCAAAUCAUGAUGUACGUUGGUUUUCAGCAUUGUAGGCCCCGUUUUCCAUCUGUUAUUGACCUGCUGUUCAGAAGCAUGUGAAGAAGUCCAGCAUCUGUGAAGUUUAGUUAAUGUACAUAUUCUGAUGAGAUAAUUGGGGCUAAUCUCAGAGUAGCUGCCUCAUCUUCUCUGCUCCUAGAAAAUGAUUAGUAAAAACAACAAAACGUUCUGAGCAGAGAGUUCAAAUCAUUGUUUCUCAACUUUACCAGUUUUAAGGCAUGAAUUCAGUUCACAGAAUUCAAGUUCAUUGGGGAGUUAUGUCUUAAGAUUGCUAAUGUUGAAAAGCAUUGUUUUAAUCUCUAGCCAGAUGAGAUAGCAUUUUCAGCUUGAAAAAACAAAACAAAAUAAUUUGAAAGCCAAUUGAGACAUUUAAAUGCAAAGUUCUCUUAUCAAUAGAGAAAUAAAAUCAAAGAGUAUCUAUGAUACUGUUCAAUGCUCUGUAUGCUCCAGAAUCUUUUGGCAGCAUGUUGAAAGAGUAUACUAUAGCUGGAUACAAAAACCCAAAUUAAGUGAUGGCAACAGUUGAAAAAAAUCCCCCUUCAUUGCCAACUGAGAAUCAUAUGGAUUCUUGCAGGACCAAAGUAGCACACCUAUUGUCAGGCUUCCCUAACAGCCAUGGAGAGUUUUCCCAUUUAAGGAAACUUUUUAGAGAGAGCUUCCUAAAGAGAGGAAGUCUGAGAUUUUAUUUAUGUUCCAUAAUUUCCCCUUCACUCACGUCAUUUUAUUUCCUUACUCUGUGUUGCAGUAAACCUGUCUGGAAAAUG